CUAAGCAUGCAGACUGCUUCUACAAACAUUUGUGAAAGAAUGGGUCGCUCUCAGGAGCUCAGUGAAUUCAAGCAUGGUACCGUGAUAGGUUGGCACCUGAGCAAUAAGUCCAUCUGUGAAAUGUCUUUGCUACUAAAUAUUCCACGGUCAACUAUUAGUGGUAUUAAAACAGAGUGGAAGCGUCGGAUGCAGAGGUGUAAAGCAAGCUGCCACUGGAUUCUAGAGCAGUGGAGACAUGUUCUCUGGAGGGACGAAUCACACUUCUCUGUCUGGCAAUCUGAUGGAUGUGUCUGGGAUUGGCAAUUGCCAGAAGAACAGUACAUGCCUGACUGCAUUGUGCCAAGUGUA